AUGGGGUGUCUGGACUUCCGCAUCCGGGUCUCAAGAGACUGGAAGGGCGGGAGUUUCGCGUCUCGCGAGCGGGAUUUUGGCGUCUCGCGAGCGGCAGCUUGGGGUCUCGCGAGCGGGAUUUUGGCGUCUCGCGAGCGGCAUUUUGGCGUGGAGCUUGGCGUCUCGCGAGCGGGAGCACCGCCCAGCCUCGCGUUGGCAGCUAGAAGGCCCCCGAGCCUACUAGGCUUCAAGGGGCUACCGGCUUUGGAGUUGAGGCCCUGGUCUGAGGCAGGAGUCCUGAGGUCACAGAGCACAGGACGUGCAGACUGGUGCCCGCCUGUUGUCAAGGUUCUCACAAACAUCAUGCCCCUGCAGAGGGAGGGCUGGAUGCUGGAAGAAGACCCUGAAGAGGCCGAAGGCCUGUUGGAUGCACAGCUCUCUGGGGCUGAGGAUGAGGAGGAAACCCCAUCUCCCUCAUCCUCCUCCCCCUCCUCCUCCCUCUCCUCCUCCUCUCUCUCCUCCUCCUGCUCUUUCCUGUUAAUGAUCCCCGUGGAGGAGGGGUCGGCUGCUGGGUCCCUGAGUCCUCCCCAGAGCCCUCAGAGCGCUGGCCCCUCCCCUGCUGACAUGGCAUGUGCUCCAGAGAGCCAGUCUGAUGAGGAGCCCAGCAACCCGGAUGAGGAGGAAUCGAGCUCCUGGGGAGACCCAGCAGUGGCCGAGCCCUUGCUCCAAGACGCACUUUACAUGAAGUUGAUCGACCUGUUGGCGUUCCUGCUCGUCAAAUAUCGCACCAAGCAGCCGACCACUCAGGCUGAGAUGCUGACAGUGGUCAGCCCAGAUGUCCAGGACCAGUUCCCUGUGAUCUUCCACCAAGCCUGCCAGUACCUGCUGCUGGUCUUUGGCGUUGAUGUGAAGGAAGUGGACCCCGGCGAGCACUCCUACGUCCUGGACACCAUCCUCGGCCUGACCUGUGGUGGGAUGCUACGUGGUAAGCAGGCCAUGCCCACGACCAGCCUCCUGGUGGUGGUCCUGGGAGUGAUCCUCCUGGAGGACGAAUGUGCCCCUGAGGAGGAGGUGUGGAAAGUGCUGGGGGUCCUGGGGGUGUAUGAUGGCAGGGAGCACAUAUUCUAUGGGGACCCCAGGGAGCUGCUCACCGAGGUCUGGGUGCAGGAAGGGUACCUGGAGUACCGGCAGGUGCCCGGCAGCGAGCCCGCACGCUACGAGUUCCUGUGGGGUCCCAGGGCCCACGCGGAGACCAGCAGCGUGCACGUGCUGCAGCAUAUCCUCAUGGUCAAUAGCAGGCUAUCUGGGGCCUCCCUGUCCCUGUGUCACGAGGCUGCCAGCAAUGAGGAAGAGUGGGUGUGAGCCAGAGGGGCAGCCGGGCCCUUUCCGCUGGGGGUCCAGCAGCCUUCCCUGCAGGGCAGGAGGCCAGGCCACUUCUUCCCUGUGCCUGGGAGCAGGGAGGGCACUGGGCGCUGUGAGUAGGGGAGGGCCAGGGCUGCUUGGGGAAAGUGGGGCCCACAUCACGUUUGGGUGGCUCCCUGUUUGUUCUCUGUCUAUGCGACCUCAGAAAUCCUUGUUUGUUUCCUUGAGGAAGCUUUCCCAUGUUGCUCCUUGUGUUAGAAGGUUUCUGGAGCUUCAGAGGCUCAGUGUGUGAGUGGCACUCAAGCCACAGUUCUUGUACUUGUCCGGUUCAAGACUCAGAGUUUUGCCAUUGGUGCAACAAGCCGGGAACCCCUCCAUCCUCAUCUGGGAUCCUGAAGAGAAUGUCAGUGCCUGGGCUGGGCACAGGGAUGUCUUGGAAAUCUGGAAGACCUUGGCAGUAAUGUGCCAGGGUCAGGAAAAUGAGAAAUAAAAGAUGUUUUGCUUCU